CCUAAUGGAAAAGUAUGAAUAAUACACUUGUGUUAUGAUGAGAUCACAGCACCAACCUAGAGGCCAGACAGUGGAAUAAAUAGUUAUGGAGCAAAAGGAUAGAAAAAAAAGAGAAGCUGGUGUAGAAGCAUUACCAAGUGUUUUAGGGAUCAAGCAUGAACUACCUGUGGAUAUCCAGCCAGAUAUUGUCAAUAUAAUUCCAGCUGAAUACAUAAAACAAGAGGAGUUUACAGAAAUCGAAGACACACAAGAAAAUUUGUUGCCAAUGUGUGAAAAUUAUGAUCUAUUAUCAGAAUUUACAACAAAUACAGAAGAAAACCCAGAGAGGCUUAAUUUAUUUUCAGUUUUUGAAGAUAUAAAACCUGAUGGUUUAUAUGCAGGACUAAGCCUAUCACUAGAGACUACUCUUAAUGACAAUAUUUCUAAUAUAAAGACAGAAUUAUCAACUGAUUUAUCAGAGCUUAAGGAUAUGUUUAUAAGUAACAUUGAAAAUCCAACAUGUAUUCAGGUUGAAUUAUUAAAGAAGUGUAAGCAGAAAAAUUUAAAACUUUCAAAGCGUAGAAGUCUUCUAGUAAAAUGGAAAGAAUCACACACAGAUACGAGGUCAUAUGAGUGUGAUGUGUGUUAUAAAAAGUAUGUUUCAAAGGCUAAUCUAAAUCAACAUAAAGCUAUUCAUUCAGGAGAGAGGCUGCAAAAGUGUGAUAUUUGUCAUAAAAAUUUUACUUCAAGGGGUAACCUAAAUAGACAUAAAGUGAUACAUUCAGCCGAUAAGUCACAUGAGUGUGAUGUGUGUAAAAAAAAGUUUGCUACUAGGACAUAUCUAAACCAACAUAAAGUAAUUCAUUUAGGAGAAAAGUUACAUGAAUGUGGUGUUUGUCAUAAAAAGUUUACAACAAGAGGUAAUCUAAAACAACAUACAGCUAUUCAUUCAGUGGAAAAGUCACACUCGUGUGAUGUAUGUCAUAAAAAAUUUGGCUUAAAGACUCAUCUAAAUCAGCAUAAAGCUAUUCAUUCAGCAGAGAGGCUACAUGAAUGUGAUGUGUGUCAUAAAAAGUUUAUUAAAAGGACUAUUCUAAUUAAACAUAAAGCAAUUCAUUCAGCAGAAAAGUCACAUGAGUGUGUUGUAUGUCAUAAAAAAUUUGCUUCAAACAGAAAUCUAAAUCAACAUAAGGCAAUUCAUUCAGGAGAGAGCCUACAUGAGUGUGAUGUAUGUCAUAAAAUGUUUUCUAGAAAGUUUUACCUAAAGCAACACAGAGCAAUUCAUUCAACAGAAAAGUCUCAUGAGUGUGAUGUAUGUCAUAAAAAAUUUGCAACAAGGAGUAAUCUAAAGCAACAUAAAGCAAUUCAUUCAGAAGAGAGGCUACAUGAGUGUGAUUUAUGUUGUAAAAAGUUUUCUAGAAUGCCUUACCUAAAGCAACAUAAAUUAAUUCAUUCCACUGAAAAGUCACACGAAUGUGAUGUAUGUCAUAAAAAAUUUGCCUUAAAUAGUCAUCUAAAUAAGCAUAAAUUAAUUCAUUCAGGAGAGAGGCUACAUGAAUGUGAUGUGUGUCAGAAAAAGUUUACUACCAAUUAUUCUUUAAUUAAACAUAAUGCAAUUCAUUCAGCAGAAAAGUCAUAUGCGUGUGAUGUGUGUCAAAAAAAAUUUAUCACGAGGUCCUCUGUUAUUAAACAUAAAGCAAUUCAUUCAGAAGAAAAGUCAUUUGAGUGUGAUGUGUGCCAUAAAAAGUUUUCUAUGAAAGCUUAUCUAAAGCAACAUAAAGAAAUUCAUUCAGAAGAAAAGCCUUAUGAGUGUGAUGUAUGUCAUAAAAAGUUUACUGUGAGGGCUUAUCUAACGCAACAUAAAGUAAUUCAUUCAGCACGAAAGUCAUAUGAGUGUGAUGUGUGUCAUAAAAUGUUUAUUACCAAUGGUAACCUGAAUGUGCAUAAAACCAUUCAUUUUCCAGAAAAGUUACAAGAGUGUGAUCUAUGUCAUAAAAAAUUUGUCUCAAAGAGUCAUCUAAAUCAACAUAAAGUUGUUCAUACAGGAGAGAGGAAACAUGUAUGUGAAGUGUGUGGUAAAAAGUUUACUACCAGUUCUACUCUAAUUAAACAUAAAGCUUCUCAUUCAACAGAAAGGCCAUUUGAGUGUGAUGUGUGUCAUAAAAAGUUUACUACAAGGGUUUACCUAAAUCAACAUAAGGCUAUUCAUUAAGGAGAAGCACCAUAUAUAAGUGUGAUGUGGGUCGUCAAGAGUUUUCUUUAAAUCGUAAACUAAAUCAACAUAAAAAUCUGUCAUCACAUGAGUGAUUUGUGCUAUGAAAAUAUGCUACAAGGAAUAAUCUUUAUCAACACAAAGAAAGUUCUACAGUAGAGGUUACAUGAGUGUGAUUUGUCUCACAGAAAGUUUACUUUGAUAAGGAGUUGAAAAUGCCAUCAGUUAAUUGAUUUAGAAAUUGAUCAAAUUAAACAUAUUUGUAAAUAUAAUAAAGUAUGUAUAAACUUUGAUAAAUAGAUUAAAUUAUAUGCUUAUAUGAUAUUAAAUGCUAUAAGCAAUAGAGAGAACAUGAGUAUAAGUAUAAAGUGUUUCAUAAUAAAGUUUGCUUUUAUCAACUCAAGCAAAUUAUUCAAGAGAGAGGUCAA